AUGGAGAAUCGUUUUAAACGAAAUUCUAGUUUAAAAAGUGAAUAUUUAUCUUUUAUGAAAGAGUAUCAUGAUUUGGGUCACAUGAUAAAACUACCACACGAUCAAUCAUUUUGUACUCCUCACUUCUUUUUACCUCAUCAUGGGGUGAUCAAAGAAACAAGCACAACAACAAAACUACGAGUGGUUUUCAAUGGAUCCCAAAAAACAUCAUUGGGAGAAUCUCUUAACGACAAUUUACAUAUAGGCCCACAGCUCCAGAACGAUCUUUCAGAUAUUUUGAUGCAUUGGAGACGAUAUCAAUUUGUAUUCACUGCGGACAUAGAGAAAAUGUACCAUCAAAUCAUUGUCCAUCCAAAUGAUCGUAAAUUUCAACAAAUUUUGUGGAGAGAUUGUGAAAAUCAACCAUUAUCAGUAUACCAGUUAGCUACAGUAACAUAUGGCUUAGCUUGUGCCCCUUACUUGGCGAUCAGGUGUCUCAAGGAAUUGUCAAUUGAUUGCAUCCAUGACUCACCUCUAGCAAGCAAUAUAAUUUCUAAUGAUAUGUACGUUGAUGAUAUUAUAUCAGGAGCUGAUGACUUAGAAACAAUAAAAGCUCAAAUUCUUCAGAUUGACAAUGUUCUGAAAUCAGCUGGUUUUGUAGCAAGAAAAUGGAUGUCCAACAAUAAUUUAGUGUUAAACCAAUUGUCAAAAGAUCAACUUGAUAAAGAUGCUGCUCUGGUGCUCGAUACUACUUCAUGUACGUUAGGAUUGCGUUGGGAUAAAUCCAACGAUUAUUUCCUGUUUAAUUCAGAAGUUUUUCACUCUUAUAAUGGAGUUAUUACAAAACGCACUGUACUGUCUCAAAUAUCAAAAAUUUUUGAUCCACUCGGCUGGAUUUCUCCUAUUGUGUGA